AUGCACCCUGCGCGUGGGCACCCUAGCUAUAAGAAAGGACAGAGAGGCGAGAAAAGAAAUAGAAAAACCAGCGAAGGAGAAGCCACUGGGCACGAUGGCAUCAGGAGGCUUGGCAGUCCUUUUGUGCUAUUUGCUUUUGUAUUGCCCCUUCUUUCCUUUGUUAAAGGGCAGAACACUAGCUUUGUGCUUGACCCUUCAAAAUGCAGUCAGCUAAGCUUGGAAGAGAGAAGAGAACUUGUUCGUGAGAUUGCCCAAUGGUCAAAAGAUGCCCCCGAGGUUCUUAAUUCAUUCACCCGCAGGGAGCUUCUUGAAAUUAUUUGUGCAGAGAUGGGUAAACAAAGGAAAUACUCAGGAUAUACCAAGUUUCAAAUGAUAAAGCACCUUUUAAAGUUGGUUUCGAAGACGUCCAAGAGGAGCAAUAUAGAUAAUAUUAUGGCCUUUUCUCCUCCCAAUCCUCAAGCUGGAUUUAAAAGGCAAAGGAAGAAAGAAUCUCAACUUCACUUAUCAAUUGACCUAAAUCUUGCUUCUGUAAAGAAUAACAGUGAAGAACACAAUGAGCUCCAUCUCAAAGUGGUCCGGCAUCCAAUGAGGGUUGCACAUGCUAAGAAAGUCAUGCUGGUAGAUUUACUGAUAAUCCCUGGUUGCAUGUUUGGUGUUUACAGAAACUGGAGAAAGCAAUUGUUGGUUGCCAAAGAGGCCAGAAGAGUUGAUGUAUUGUGUCAACGAGUCCUUUUGGGUUACAGGAUGCUCACAGGAACUGAAAAAUACAAGGAACUGCAGAAGAGCAUGGAAACUGCCUUGCGACUGCUGAAGAAUGAAUUGGGGCCUCUGGAUCUGGUGUGUUCAAAGAUGGCACGAGGAAUUGCUAACAGACUCUCCUGCGGUGCUGAGGUUCAGAAAUUGUGUGCCUCUACAGUGGAAGCUUUUGAUUCAAUGUUUGCUGACAAUUAUCAUGCUUAUCUGGAACAGAAUGAGCUAAUAUGUAAGUUCCUUCUCAUAGUUUCAAGUUUCGAUCAAUCUAAUGAGCAUAUGUACGGAGAUUAUGCUGUGAUUCAAUUUGAAGAAUCUUCCCCCAGGCUACAAGCAGGGAAGGACAUCGACAAGAACAAGAAUGAAGGGAUAAGCAGUGGAUCGCUCUCUCCUUCCACUCCUUGUAAAUCCAAUGGCAUGCAAGAAGUAUUAAGUUCAGAUUGCAAAAAGCGAAUAGACGAGAGUGCUUAUGAGUAUUCUGUGAGAGUUGUCAAAUGGUUAGAGUUUAGAGGGCACAUAGAUGAAGAUUUCAGAGUAAAAUUCCUUACUUGGUUCAGCCUGAAAGCAACAAUGCAGGAUAGAAGGGUGGUCAAUGUUUUUGUGGACGCUUUGAUUGAUGACCCACGAAGCUUAGCUGAGCAGCUCAUUGACACCUUCAUGGACAAGAUAUGCUACGACCAAAAACUAGUUCCGAGGCACGGCCCGAAGCACAGUAGGCAUCAAGUUCUGUGCAAUACCAAUGCUCCACCCCCGCGUCUGAACACCAAGAGAAACGACCACAACAACAACAACCAGCGGUGCUCAAAAACAGCCACCGUCGCAGACCAAGCCUCCAUGAAUGGUCGUAUCUUCUGGUUUUCGCAAGAUAGAUUGCUCAUGCUGUGCACGGGAACAGAGGUUCCUCAAGCUGUAAUCUUGAUUUUGGAAGAACAGAUUCAGGCGAUCUAUAACAUCUUCUGGGUAAUCGAUGGUGGACGUUAG